CGGUGGCCUCUGCUGCGGUCGUGGGACACGUCGAGCCGGGCAGUAGUGGCGGGGGCUUGGGAGAAGUCCAGACCGGGUGAGGGGAUCCAGUUCCGAGAGGAAGGCAGCGCGGCGGAGCUCGUCCUGGAAAGACUUUUCUGCUGACUGUCAUCUUUUUCUGGAAAACUGGAUCCUUCCGAACAUAUGGGGAUGAACCAUAUGGGGAUGAACCAUAUGGGGAUGACCCACAUGGACAGCAACAGUACCGUGCCACCUCACCAUCACCCAACCACCUCGGCCUCACAUUCCCACGGUGACGGCAUGAUGAUGACUAUGACCUUCUACUUUGGCUUUAAGAAUGUGGAACUCUUGUUCUCUGGUUUGGUAAUCAACACACCUGGAGAGAUGGCUGGAGCUUUCGUAGCUGUGUUUUUACUAGCAAUGUUUUAUGAAGGACUCAAGAUCGCCAGAGAAGGUCUGCUGCGUAAGUCUCAAGUCAGCAUUCGCUACAAUUCCAUGCCUGUCCCAGGACCAAACGGAACCAUCCUUAUGGAGACACACAAAACUGUUGGGCAACAGAUGCUGAGCUUCCCCCACCUCCUGCAGACAGUGCUGCACAUUAUCCAGGUGGUCAUCAGCUACUUCCUCAUGCUCAUCUUCAUGACCUACAAUGGGUACCUAUGCAUCGCAGUAGCAGCAGGGGCGGGGACAGGAUACUUCCUCUUCAGCUGGAAGAAGGCAGUGGUAGUGGACAUCACAGAGCAUUGCCAUUAACAUCAGACUCCACAUGUGGCCUUAGCGAUUGCUGUGGGAAGCAUCUUGGGACCGAAAGAUAUGAUUCCCUCUCCAAUCAUCCCUUCUCUCUCCUGUCUCUAUGCACACACACUUACUGAAUAGAGGCUUAGUUGACUGUCUCUGAGUAGUGGUUCUUCUAAUAAGAUGAAAUUGACAUUUCUCUUGAGAAGUCACCUGUGGGAUGUCUUCUCCCUCAUAAUCCUGAGCCUUGUCUAAUCCAGGUAGCUUCCUAGUUAAUAACUUGGUUAUCUGCUUUUUAUUUUUCUGUUUUGGGGGUUUUGUGUAUUUUUGUUUUAAAUAGAUAAUAUGUGGGUGGAAUUCUGGGUCAGUGAUAGAAAAGGAUUUUAACUUCAAACACAAUUGAUGGUAAUUAGGGACAUCUCACCCAACUUGGGACUUCAGUUUCAUACUAGAAAAUAAUCUCAGCUUAACUCAGUGAGUGGGAACACAUAGUGCCUUUCUCUAGGUGUGAUGUGUUACACCAAAGUACUGGUAGAGCGUGGAGAGUGGUUAGGGACUACAGGCAUCGAGUUUGUGGAGUAGGUAUUCUUGCUCUCUCAUCAACUUGUGUUUCCACGUAACACUUUGAUUAGAAAUGAACUUACCAAUCAAAACAAAAACAGAACAAUCAAUUUGAGACUAUAGAAAUAGAGAUUGUUAAAUAAAACCAUUGGCAUUUUCCUUUGACUCAGACAUUGGUUUGUCCCAAAUGAACAAAGCAAAAGUUUGUAAUUUUUUCCUAUUAUUGUGUGUUUUCCUCGAAACAAAUGAUUUUCAAACUUUAGAAUGUUUCAGAGUCACCAGAGGGCUUCUUGUUAAGACAAUACUUGGUGGACCUCAAUCCUAGUGCUACCACAUUUUCAUUUCUAAGUUUCUAGGUGAUAUUUCUGCUGACAAUCUAGAGGAUUACCCUGAGUUGGCAUUAAAAUAGCAAAGUUGUACCUGGAAGGGACAGAGGGUGGGGCUACCUGGUACCCAGCAUGAGAAUCUGAACUGCUGGUUGGUAGGUGGUGUCUUGGGCAUGUGUCACACCUAAAUGCUGCUGGCUAAUACUUAGUCAUUCCACAAACUUUUAUUUAGCUCCAGAUACACUUUCUGUGUGCUCACAACACACUCGUGUGGACUAUAGCCAGAGUGCACACAUGUAUACAAAGUCUCUAGUCCUUUCUGUGUGCUCACAACACACUCGUGUGGACUAUAGCCAGAGUGCACACAUGUAUACAAAGUCUCUAGUCCUUUCUGUGUGCUCACAACACACUUGCAUAGAUCACAGUGGCCAAAACCCCUUUUCUCAGUAAAUCCCACUGAAUGUUCUGUCAAUCAUUAGUCUGCAGGCUUGUUCCCAAACUACCUCUUUAAAGUGAUUCUUCCUAUGCUAGUCUGUUAUACCCUGCCCUUUUUGGUGCUAGAUCCAGUUGUGCCUCGGAGCAGAAGAAACAAACCUGCUGUCUUGUUGGCCAGUAUUGUGAUUCUGAAGUUUGUACUUUCUAUGGGUGCCAAUUAAACAUCGAGAACAAGGAAUAUAUACUUUGGUGGCUUUGAACCAAGAAAGGGUUAUAAGCCUACUGGAUGAACGCUAAAAAAUCUAAGAAGUUAACUUUAGAGCUUUGCUUUUCUCUUAGUUCAAUCUUGCACAGUGAAUGACAGGUACUGACAGAGCCCAACUUUAUAGUGCAAAUCGCCUGUUGUUCAAGGAAUAAUAAACCCAGGGCAAGACAGAAACCACAUAGUGGUGACCCUGGUGCUUUCUAGAGAUCUCCAGAUGAGCUGCUAUAAAACACCUUCCAGGGGCUGAGAUGCAGCUCAGAUAUGGAUCACUUCUCUAGCAUAAGUCAGGUUAAAAUAUAGCCUUGUUUAACCCCAAAAAUCCUAAAAAUAAAGCAUAUGCUAUAAGAAACAGGACCUUAUCAGUAAGGUGAGAAGAACCAAGGCCAGUUAGGACAAGGUGCUAUGAGUCUGAAACCAAGAGAAACCUCACUCUGACAUGGUUCUUCAGGGGAGAUUCAGGUUAGAAGCGGUCUACUACAAACCUGCACUUGAAGCCGGGCGGUGGUGGCGCACGCCUUUAAUCCCAGCACUCGGGAGGCAGAGGUCGGCGGAUCUCUGUGAUUUCAAGUUUCGAGGCCAGCCUGGUCUACAAGAGCUAGUUCCAGGAUAGGAACCAAAAGCUACGGAGAAACCCUAUCUCGAAAAAUCCAAAAAAAAAAAAAACCAAAAAAACAAAAAAAACCCUGCACUUGAGAUCCCAGACUAGGUUCUAGAGGGUGUGGUUAGUACAGGAAGAGGUAAAGCUUAAAUCAUAUGCUCUUGAACUUUAAUGCCCAGCUCCUGUGUGUCUGGAUUUCUUUCGCACCUGCCUACUUUUCCCUUUCUGUCUUUAUCCCAGGCAGCUUAGUUUUUAAAGUCUGUUUCCUGAUGCAGUAGACAUUCAAUGCUGUGGUUACAAUUAUACCAAUUAGAAGUUGGUAUUUACAAACCAGGUAGAGGUCUUAAGUUUGCUUCAAGAAGCAGUCGCCCCAUUAGAAUUUCUAUAAAGCUAGUUAAAGGAUUACCUUUCUCCAGAGUUAGAUCCAAAAUGGAAGAACACUCAACACCCCAUUGCCCACAUGUGGAACCUCCUCAGCAAUCCAUCAGAGUUUUACUACUAUGGUAAGGUUGUCCCAAACUCUCUUUCAGACUGUGGGCCUAGGUUCCUUACUAGAAUCAGGAAAGUGAGGCAGGGCGUACAUCGUAUCAUUUAAUCUUGAGCCUGCCCUUUCCAGCCACUUCCUUAGGGUCAUCUAAAUGACAAGUCUGCAUUUGACGUAAUGCCUUAAACACUGGCUCUACAUUUCACGUUGACUGUUUCAGAGACUGUGAGCUCCCAGAGAGCAGGAUUGGUGGAACGGGAAUGGUUUAAGUGUUGUGUGCAAGAGAACAAAAUAAACAUCUUGAUUU